UCCUGCACACGCAAACACAAACAAGCACAUGUAGUCAUUCAAAGAUAGUUACUUAUCGACUGUGAAUAAGCCGGAGCAAUAUGAAUUAGUUUUGUUUUUAUACUGAUUUCACUGACACGUUGUAGGAAUAUUCUGCGUUCUGUAUUUACAUGUGAGAUGGAGGCGUUGUUAAAGAGAGAGCUGUGCACUUCCGUGCUGAAGAGCACAGGUCAUUCAGGAGGAGGAUGCAUCAGUGAAGGCCAGAGCUAUGACACUGACACUGGCAGAGUGUUCGUCAAGAUCAACUACAAGAAAGAGGCUAGGAGGAUGUUUGAUGGAGAAAUGGCAAGUUUGGAAGCGAUCAUGUCUACAAACACAGUGAAAACACCCAGACCUGUGAAGGUUGUGGACCUUGAGAGAAGUGGAGCUCUUCUUGUAAUGGAACAUGUGGAUAUGAAGCGCUUGAACAAAUACUCAGCUAAACUGGGGGAACAACUCGCUGACCUACACCUGUACAACAAGAGACAGAUAGAGAAACAAAACAAGGAGCUGCAGAUUGUUGGGAAAGGAUCUGGACAGUCCGAAUUUGCUAGUGUAAACAAGUUUGGGUUCCACGUGGCCACAUGCUGUGGUUACAUCCCUCAGGUGAAUGAUUGGCAGGAUGAUUGGGUGUCCUUUUACUCCCAGCAACGCCUUCAGCACCAGCUCAGCUUAGUGGAGCAGUCAUAUGGUGACAGAGAGGCCAGGGAAUUGUGGGCAAAGCUCCAACUGAAGAUCCAUCAGCUGUUUACUGAAAUAGAGGUGUACCCAGCUCUGCUACACGGAGACCUUUGGGGAGGAAAUGUGGCUGAAUGUUCUGAUGGUCCCAUCAUCUUUGACCCAGCAUCAUUUUAUGGCCAUUCGGAGUAUGAGUUGGCUAUUGCCGGCAUGUUUGGUGGCUUUGGGAGCUCUUUUUACAGUGCUUACCAUGAGAAGAUCCCCAAGACCACUGGGUUUGCAAGGAGGCAUCAACUAUACCAACUUUUCCAUUACCUGAACCACUGGAAUCACUUUGCCGGUGGCUACAGGGACUCUUCUCUACGCAUCAUGAAGGAUCUUGCAAAGUAGAUGGACUCUAAUUCAUUAAAGUAUCCCCUUCAAUUCUUAAUUUAUAGAGGUGGAUGUUAAACUAACUCACAGCAUUUGAUGCAGUUUGCUCAUUGGUUGAAAAACCUGAUGAUUUGGUAAUCAUACUGUAUGCUGCAAAUCAAGUCACACACUUUGUGCAUGAUCAAACUAAUUGACUUAAAAACUACCAGUCUGAUGGCACAAAAACCACUGCAUAGUUGACAUGAGAAAAUCUUUAUCUUAAAAACUGUGUAUACAUAUACUUCCAAAAAAAAGGUAAAUGUUUUAGAUGCAGCAUUCCCUUUUGUGAAUUGCACUUUAACCUUACUACUCAUAAAUGUUUUGAAGAGACACGACUUAUUGCACCUUGCUUUAACAUCAGAUGUGUGCACUCUGUAUCUAUAGAAGGUGUCCUGUGGUAUCUGGCACCAAGACAUUAGCAGUAGAUAUUUCCAAGUCCUGUACAUUGCGAGGUGGAGCCUCCGUGGAUCAGACUUGUUGGUCCAGCACAUUCCACAGAUGCUCAAUCAGAUUGAUAUCUGGGGAAUUUGGAGGCCAGGGCAACACCAUGAACUCUUCAUCAUGUUCCUCAAACCAUUCCCGAACUACGUUUGCAGUGUGGCAGGGCACAUUAUCCUGCUGAAAGAGGCCACUGCUAUCAGUGAAUACCAAUGCCAUGAAGGGGUGUACCUGGUCUGCAAUGAUGUUCCCGUGGAUCCUUAAAAAGUCUUAAAAUGUCUUAAAUAUUUUUUUCCAAAAUGUAAGGUUAUGAAAAGUCUUAAAUAUCUUAAAUGAUACAAUAAAAGUCUUAACAUUUAAAGAUGUCUUAAAUUCGUGAGCGGAAAGACAGGAAUCAUGAUAUGACCUAAUGUGAUUAACAAACUUCAAAAGAAUAUGAUUUAAUUAGAUAAAUACAUGCACUGCGUCCUUCAAAGUGAAAACGCAGCACUGUUGUAUUUGCUCCAAGCAGUUCUGAUGCUGGUGUGCCCAUUGUAGGCACUUUCAUUGGUGGACAGGGGUCAUCAUGAUCACUCUUGGUCCAAAUCAUCAAUAUGUAUAUGUUAGUGGGGUCCGUGUUCAAAAGGAGCAUAUACUGUUUACUGCACAGUAUAAACUGUAACUGUAUGCCCUACUAUUUUUUUUAAAUAGUAUGUGAAAUAGUAUGCAAUGAUAAACAUUUAAAAGAGUAUUAUUUUAUAUGGUUGUGGUAUGACUUCAUUACUCUGCAUGUUGAAGUUUAUGAGUGCUGUCUAUUAAAAAUC